AAGUAAAUGGUAAAUAAGAUUCAGGAGCUUCUACUUCUAGUGAAGAAAUGGCAGGGAAGAUGGUGCCAAAGGAGCCUGUGAAUGAUCCGUUACUGAGUGUGACUGUUUCUCUCAGAUCUAACAUAUCUGUGAGAGACAUGGCUUCCUUGCCGGAGUACAGAACCAACCGCCACCGUAAACCACCAAUUUCCGGUGCCUCUGUGGCUGAACAGAGGAAGUUCCAGCAAAAGCUUGUUAGGAUCAUCGUCGCCGACGCCGACGCCACGGACUCUUCCAGUGAAGAUGAAGUGAUAAUCGGAUCAAGAACGACAGUUAGGAGACAAGCAAGAGAGAUCAUUUUCGAACGAUACUCUGUUCUUACUGGUUCUUCUGAGUCCUCUGUUAAUGAAAUUUGUAAGAAGCAGAGACCCAGAUCCCGGCGGUCCAAAUUUUGUCGCCGGAGAAAGUUCCGCGGGGUUCGGCAGAGACCGUGGGGCCGAUGGGCGGCGGAAAUCCGAGAUCCGAUUCGCCGGAAGCGGAUAUGGCUCGGGACCUUCGACUCGGCGGAAGAGGCGGCAGCGGUUUACGACCGAGCUGCUCUGAAACUCCAAGGCCCAAACGCCACGACCAACUUCUCCGACGCCGGAGCAGUCGCCACGGCGGCUGACGACGGUAGCAAGCAGCAGAAGGGCUUGGACUCUCAUAACACGACGGCGGUUUCGUCGCCGACGUCAGUCCUCCAUUACGAUGGCGUUUCGAUCCCGUUCGAUGCGUUGUUCAGCGGAGAGGCCGAUGGGUUCGGAUUGGAGAUGGCGGCGGCGGCGUGGUUGCCGGCGGCGAGGAAGCAGUGCGGCGAGGAGGAUUUCGGGGAGUUUGACCUCGACUAUUUCUUGGUAGACGUGAUUUACUAGGCGGCAGUAGGGGGAACAGAAGUUUCCCGAUUUCGUGGAAUGUCUUCUACUGAAAUUCAACCACGUCGCCAAUUAUAAUGAUAAAUAUAUUAAAUUCACAUAUUAGGUUAAAUCUGUGAUGUGGCUGAAAUUAAUUAUAAAUCACAAGUUUUUGUAAAGAAAAAAAAAGGAAUUGUAGGUUACAAGUUUAUUCAUGUGGAGUAAAUUUUCUCAUUUACUAGAAUUCGAGAAAGAUAACAAGGAAAAUUUGUAUAUAGCCUCAAACAAGUAAGUUUCAAGUAACUAACUUUAUUUAUGUGCAA